CUUGACAUGUAAAUUCAGCGCCAUUUUGAUGACGAAAAGCAACUUCACAGUUGCGCAUGUGUUAACCUGACACUUAUGACAUUUGCUGUCACCAACCCUUUAAAACCAAAUGUUACUAGAUUGUGUUUGAAAGUGGAAAUAUGUCGUGUUUAUUUCGUGUAAAAUUAAAGCGAUAAAUGAGUGAAAAACCGUGGAAACCUCAGCAAAUCGUCUCUAAUAUGUUAACUGACAGUAUAUCGUAGGCGUAUGGUCCUUAUCUGUUGUGUAAAGGGUUAAACUUCGUUAUCUGAAGUUGCCGUUUCAACGUUCAUGGCUACUGCCAAAAUGGUUUCGCGGCCUCUCGCCAGACGUGAAUAUGCAUUGUUUUGGUAUAUCUAUAUCCGCAAUGCAGGCGUGCCUGUGUAUUACGAGUUAAAAGUGAGUGCGGCCGAGAUAUUUCUGGAUAAAACGUAGCUCAAUAAAAAAGGUGUGUACUGGUGAUUUUUCAAAAAUGUCCUCUCACCCCUCCCCCGCUCAUUUCAAAUCAAACAUGAUUGUUUAUUGAUGGUACUUCUAGGAUCAUGUAAAAAGAAGCAAUUAAUAUGUCCCAGCACACAAUCUGCUUAAAAAUAGCUGUAUUUCUGAUGUUAAUCCAUAUUAAGGUGACCUUGAUUUAAUAUUUUGCUACACGAGAAUGUAAUGAUUACCAAAUAUCGGUUUGUGCGCGAAUAAAAAUAUCUUUCAGCUAAAGGGGUCACAAAUCUGGGAAAUCGUUAAAUUGCAUUUGUAAAAUUGAAUGUGCACGUGAAUAGGGAAGAGACGAGGCCUUGUAGGGCAAUAAAUUAAAUUUACAACAACUGCUGUCAGGAAUCUGACAAAUGGAAGUAUGAACUACUUUAUUAUAAAACAUUUCAUAAUUAUCAUUCUGGUUAAAUGGAAAGGAAGCUGUAAUUGUGUUAGACAAUGGUUAAAAAUGUUAUAAAAAGUGCAAGUUAAUACUUAUAUGAAGGUUUCUGUGCUAGUCACUGCAUAUCAACUUCCAUUCUAUCUUCAGGAGGGUCAUGAGAAGUUGUUGACAACUUGAUGCAUCUAAGGCUGUAUAUAAAUAGGUAAACAAUGGACAACUCAAGUUCAGAAGAAAGCUCAUCUGAAUACAGUACUGAAAGCUCUGAAGAUGACGGAAUGGAAACUGCCCAAAUAAAUGAUGUGAAGUUACAACUGCCACAUGGGUUAUGUGAAAAACAGGAAAUAUUUAGGGAAAUAAUCUCGACAGAAGUAUGGAACUCUUUGUCAGAUGAAAACAGACAGCAUCUCCAGACAUUUCUACCAAAUUUCCCAGAAAAUGAUGAUCUAGAAAAGACAAAAACAUUGCAAAGGCUGUUUGAUUGUGAUGUGUUCCAUUUUAAUAGUCCAGUAAGCAAGUUCCAUGACGAUCUGAAAGCAGGUUACUUCAGGCCAGAUAUUGCACGUAUGCGGAAGAUAAUACACAAAGCAGAGAGAAAGGAAGCAAAGUAUAGGUAUAAAACAUUUAGAGAACAGUUAAAAUAUGAAGUAUUUGAGUCUCGAAAUAAGCUAUUAACACAAGUAAAAAAUCUCCCUCCUGGGGUAGAGCCAAGACAAGACCGAAGAAAAUCUGAUGUAGAUUACGUUUCAUAUCGUACCAAACGGCGUUACUUUCAAAUUCUGUCUUCAAUAAGGUCCAAAACUGAUGAUCCAGGUUGUUCAUCAGAUGAAAAUUAUCCAGAUGGACCUCCCGUUCCUCUGUCUAGAAAGCAAAAGAGGCUUCUAAAUAGCAUUAAAACUAGUUUAAGUAAUUCUAAAGAGAAACUUUUUACUAGUACCAUGACUGCCAAUUUGAACGGGUCAAUAGAUUUAGAGUCACAUAUUACCCCAAAUCACAAUCCAUUCUACAUAAAUGAUGAAACGUUCAAAAAUUUACUGUAUGACCAUAGAAGAAGGAAGUGUGAAAAUCCGUUAGACCCAGAACUGAAUACAAAAGGUAUCACUUUAAAGGACGUUAUACACAGGACUCAGUUGCCUUACAACAAAAACCUGAUGUUGCCCACAAAGCAUGAUAGUAGUAAGAUAAUGAGUAGAAAGCGAUUGAAAAGAGAGCACAUCAACGGUAGAGCCUCAGAGAUGUCAAAGAAAGCUAAACUCUCUUACGACCAUCACAGUACAAAUAGCGAUACGGAUUCAGAUUCCACGGUUAAUACCGUCUCUGUGAAUAGUUCAAAACAUAGCUUUAGGCCUAAUAAGUUGAAACUUCAUUUGAAAAAAUUGUCGCCUUCAAAAUCGAAAGUGGAGGUGAAAAAGGAAGCACCGAGUAAUCCUGAUUCAGGGAAACAGAUUGCAUUGCCACCCGCCACAAACACCAUCAGUAGUUCCAAGAACGGUAGUGAACCUGUAGCAGCGCCGCUUAGCAAAAGUAACAAUAGCCCGUACUAUAACACCAUCACGCCCGUUAAGAUCGAAGAUUUGGACGGUAUAGAUGUGAUGAAUAUACCCAUAGACCUAGAUAAUACAGAUAUAGAUAUCUUAGAUCUAAAUAAUAAACCUGAGUUGAUGCAAGAGACGCACGCUAACUUCUUUUCUUUGAUAAGGGAUAUCAUCUGUUCGACGAGUGAGCAUAGGAUGAAUAUGUACACUUUGCAGGAGAGGUUGAAGACGUGGCAAGAUAAUCCCAUUAGCCCCUUGAAUGACUGGUAUAACUUGACGGAUAGUUGGAUCAAUGUCUUGCCAUCAGCGAUUACUUUCCUAUGUGGGAAUGCUUCUGAACAACCUGAUGAUUUUGUCCCCUACAUGGAGUACAAGAUCAGCUUAGAUGUUUACCAGUGGAUUGGAGCCGGCCGAGACUCGGACGCCCUACUUAGCGAGCUGUGUGGUUUCUGGUUGGAGCAUCGUACCGACGCGUCGAAACAGGCCGGGUCACCGGGAGGCAAAGAGGGCAGCGAGGCUGAGGUGGAAGUGGUGGAAAGGUGUAGUACGCCCCCGCCGUCACGGUGCCCGACCAACUGGACAGUACGCAAAGCAACUCCCGAGGAGAUUAGAGACUUCCGAGAGCAGGAAAAGCGGCGAUAUGAUAAUCCGCAUAAGGCGUUCACGUACAGGUGCAAUAAUUAUGAAUCGGUGGUAGGUCCUUUAAAAGGCAUCUAUACUUCAUCUCCAGGCAACACGAAAGCUCGAGGUCACACCAUGCUGUCCGCAGAUCGGCCUAACUUCGUUACGAUCCUCUCGUUGGUAAGGGACGCAGCAGCUCGACUACCAAACGGCGAAGGUACCCGCGCCGAGAUUUGCGAGUUGCUGAAAGCGUCGCAGUACAUCUCCAGCACCGCGCCCGACAACAUUCUGCAACAGGUGGUGUCGGGCGCAUUGGACAGAAUGCAUACGCAGUUUGAUCCGUGCGUCAAGUACGAUCCCAAAAGGAAGAUCUGGAUAUACCUGCACAGGAAUAGGACGGAGGAGGACUUCGAAAGGCUGCACCACCAGUAUCAGGGACAGCUGCAACGCAGUCAUGGUGUACCGAAGGUGAAGAAGCCGUCCACAAAGAAAUCUUCGAAACCUAAAGAGAAACAGCCAUCAGAGAAACUAAAGGUGAAGUCGGACGCCAGCACUGUGUCCACAACGAGGCCGAACACUCCACAACACCGGCCCCCGCUCAAGGCGACGCCUCCUACGACCGAGAUUGUUGUAGCUUCUGGUACACAGAAUCUGUCUUCCAAUGUGAUCACGAUGGUUACUGCUUCGCCGACGUCUUCAGCGAAGGGUGCCAGCCUCUUGCUGCACAACAACGUGUCCGUUCUUAAAGAGACAGAGCAACAACAGCAGCAGCAGCAACAGAGGGGCGAGGCGAAGGUUAAUGUUGAGACUAUCGAACAGGUCCACGUGGAAAAGACUGUGUCUGAGGCUGAUGUCAAUGAGGCCCUGCAGGUGUUCAUGCAGAAUAGAAAUAGUCCAUCUGUCAGAGCUGGUAAGAGCUUGAUGAAGAUCAUACCAUCAGCCCAAGGCAAAUCCCUGAUUCUAUCCAAUCCAAACGCCGCCCAACUAGUGAAACAACACGUCCACGAACAGCCCACCACCACCAAACAACUCCAACCGUCUCUGCAACCGAUCUCCACCCAGACCCACAAACUUUCCCCCCUGAAACAGACGCCCGACCUGGUGGAGUGCUCCACCAAGGACGUGGUGACCAGCGUGGCAACAGCAACGGCCACCGCUCAGCAGCUGCAGAACAUCAAGAAUGUCACGCUGCUGAGAACGUCGCAAGCUGGAGGGCAGAGUCUUACGUCGACGUCGGCGGCGAUUGUGAUAUCGGCGCCGAUCACAUCUGGACAGAGCACGUUGUCAUCUUCGAAGGUGGAGCAACUGGUUGGUCAGCCCAACAUUCAAAUCAAAGGUCACAAGAAUCUUUCACCUGCUCGACAACAGCAGAUUCUACAGACCAUCAAGCAGAAAAUCUUGCCAAACUCGGCUCUGUUGUCUGGGCAACAGCAAAUCAUUCUGAAAAAGGGAGGAUUGUUGCAAGUCCAGAAGCAGAAUUGUGCUGUUAGUGCAGCACAGAUCAUUGCCCAACAGAAAAUUGUGUCGGACACCUUGACGAAAACUACAUCAACACCUCAAGGGCCUGUGGUAGCAAAGGUACUAACGAACGCAAGUGGGCAAGUGAUAUCAGUAGAAAGUUUAUUGGCGCAUCAAAAACAGCAUGGAUCUUUGCCUCAAGGUACGACGUUACGAGUAUCAAGUACGAAAGGAGGCCAACAAAACUUAAUCCAUUUAACAGGCAGCACGACGAAGCAGAACGCAAUCGCUCAACUAGCAGUGGGCAGCCAGGCCACCAACAUACUAACGUUAACGUCACAACCGAAGCUGGUCAUGGCUUCACAGGCUUCGACGAUCACCUCGAUGGCCACAACUACCAAACCGACAUCCAAGGCUGCCAACAAGACGCAGCAGAUGUUCGCUAAGCUUAAUGCGAAGGCUGCCCAGCAGUUGAUCACCUCUGAAAUGAGUAUUGACGGCCAGAAGAUAGUACCAUCGAAGAUUGUUAUAGGGCAGCAGAACCAAGUGAAGCUGCCCAACGUGAAAAACGUGCCAUUCUCGAAGCAACUAACGCUGACUGUAGCUGGAAACGCCAAUAAUAUACGGAUGGUGAAUGCUGCCAACUUGAAUCUCACGCAGAUUGCUGGAAAGCCGGUCCUGUUGGCUAGCAAAGGGGGAACUGUGCAAAAUUUUCAAGGUCAGAACGUUGUGUUACAAUCGCCUACCAAUGCGAGCGGCGGUUUGGUCUUCCAGAGCGCUGCAGCUGCUAAAGCAGCCACGGCUACCGCCUCGACGUUACAGCAACAAGCCAACGCAAAUAAUCUUAACCUGAUUAACCAGUCGAACCUGGUGUUCAGUCCGCAGGUGAAGGUGCAACAGCCGCAGCAGGUGGUGUUCUCGUCGACGGGCGGUAAAGCAGCGCAACAAGCGACCGCUGCAGCUGUUCAACAGGGUAUAUCGCAAGGUCACAUAGUGAUUGGGGGGCACCCGGUACGACUGCAGUCAGCUGGCGGGGGCGGUACUGGUGGCGGCGCAGCUGGACCUCAACGGGUGGUAUUGGCGAGUCAAGGCCAAGGCGGGCAGAUCGUUGCGCAGCAGAUUCUGCUACCGGCUGGAUUCCAGGGUACUGCGAUCAACAUCAAGGCGCUGCAGGGCGUCAAGGUCAUACCGCUCGCGCAAGCGCACGCAGCUCAAGGAAAAGGUGCUCAAGGCAGACAAGUAUUUGCGAGAGUAAUGAGUCCGAGUGUGGUCAAGCAGACAACCCUUACUACACAGAUACCUGAUAAAGCAACUGAUGCAAACCCUCCAUCAUCUAGUGGAGAAUAAUUUUUUGUAAAUAUUGUUAAUAGAAAUCGAAUCUAGUAGAGAUGAUUUUGCAGACAUUUCACGGAAGGUUGUACAUUUAGCUAAAUUUUUUAAUAAUGUGAUAUCAUAUGUUGUAAAUACUAAUUCUUCAAUUCUUUUUUUAUUCCAGUAUUUAUGUGUAUUAAUUAAAGACCUUUUUUAUAUUGA